CUUGUCCUUCGCCGAUGAGCGAGCGGGUCAAGGUUGGAGCUUCCCUUGCCUCCACCAAGGUAUUACGCAGUAGGUCUCGUCCUGCCAAUGGCACCAUGACGACCUUUCCCGUCCGCCAGACUCGACGACACCGACACGCACGCCCCGCGUCCCGCUGAUUCCGCGCGAUUCCUCGAUUCCUCCCCGCCGGGUGCCGUACUCCCCAGGCAAGAGCCCUCAAUUCAACGGCCGGGCGACCAUGGUUCGGGAUGCGCCAUGGCAUCCGACCCGCAGAGGAAUCAGGGCAGGGCGGCAGCACUCCCCGGCGUUAGUCCCUACACCCUGCGCCCGCUGCUUCGCGGCGUGCCCUUGUCCGCCGACGGCACAAAGGAGGAUGUCAAGAUAAACUGCGUCGACUACUAUGACGGGAACCUCUAUGUUGGCACCAGCGCCUCAGAACUCCUGCACUUCUUCCGCAUCCCUCCCGAUCCCAGCGAUCCCGGCGAUCCCGGCGAUCCCAGCGGCUCCAGCAGCCCUUCGAAUUUCAUUCUCGCCACUCGGCUGUCGCCCAUAUACUCGGAGCCUGCCGGCGGCUUCAAUGGCUCGCUCCCGGGUGUGCAGCAGAUCCUCCUCCUGCCGCGCGUGGCCAAGGCCUGUGUGUUGUGCAACUGGACCGUCACCUUCUACUCGCUACCCGAGCUGAGCCCCGUCUUUGGCGCCACCCAGGUCAGGAACUGCAACUGGAUCGGCGGGGUGGACCUGAACGAGGGCAGCGAUGCGAGCUUCGAGAGGUCGGCCGGCGUUACCAUUCUCUUGUCGCUAAACCGCCGGAUACAGGUGGUCAGAAUCGGGGAAGAAGAUGCGCGAGUCAUCCGGAAAAUUGACUUUGCAGGUAGCACGCUGUCGGUGCGCAGGGAUUCCAUCGCCUGCGUCGCAGACUCCAGGAACUACGUCCUGUUGGACAUUGACCGCCAGCUCAAGAUCCCGCUCAUGACCAUUUCAUCACUCGAUGAUUCGCAGCAGGAUGCCGCCUUCGGACAAGCCCAGAACAUUGCCAGCGUCCCCGACGGCGGCCUGUCGAGGAGCGCGUCCUCGGCGACCGCCCGUGUCCCCGCCCACUCCCCAGGCCACUCUAGGAGCACAAGCCUUGGAGACUUCAUCUCGGGAAUGCGGAGAAAUGACAAACGACCUGGAGAAGCGGAGGACCCUGUCUUCCAGGCGUCUGAUGCCCCCCCGACUUCGCGGAGCCCGGGGCCGGCAGACAAACCCCUGCCCCCGCCGCCACGAGACCACGGGGACCCGGUGACAACUCAGGCAGCCGCGGCUGCGCCUCCCUAUCGGACAGCGACACCUCCGGUACGAUCGGGGACGUCUCCGAAGCCCGGAUCUGUCUUCCUGAAACCGCAUAUUGUGUCUCCAACUGCGGAAGAGUUCCUCUUGGUCACCGGGACUGGCCCCCUUGAACCAGGCAUUGGCAUGUUUGUGAACCUCGACGGAGACCCCACACGCCCUACCCUAGAAUUCGACAGGUACCCGCGCGAGAUUGCCGUUGACGGCGGCCCUACCGACUUCUCUUCCUUUCUCCCACCCAUGAGCACCGGGGAGGAGGGCUACGUCCUUGCGUCCAUGACCAGAGAUUUCGAGGACGGCUUGCACCACGGGCUCGAGAUCCAGCGUCUUGACGCGAAUGCGGGUGAAGACGGGCCGGAAAAGUGGUGGCUGGAGGUCAGAGGCGACCAGUCCAAACCCUUCACCCCUAUCGGCGUCCGGCCGUUACUCCAGAAGGAAGACAUGAUUUUCGAGGACGUCGUGGAGCGGCUGUGCCAGCGGCGAUUCUCGCCCUUCAAGGAGCACACGGAAACCCCAACCACGUCCCUAAAGAGCAGCGAUUCUCGAACAGCGCUAUCGAUACAACGGCUAUCCCAGGAAAAGGAGCUCUUUGAUCGGGAUACCGAGUCGGAGGAUGAGCAGCUGCCCCCUGGAUGGGAAGCCACCAGGAACCAGGAGGGAGAGGAAUUUGUACGGCGACUGGCGAGGACAUCAUCACGCCUGGCCGUUUGGGCCGGAGAUGACAUAUGGUGGGCCGUGCGAAACCCGCUGCUCACUCAGCUAGACUCUGUGCUGGACUUGGCGGCUCAUCAGAGCCCGCAAGCAGCGGCAGUCAUAGGUCCCGAGAACAGACGGCAGCUUCUCUCCCUGCUCGACGCCAUCAAGGAUCGUGAACCAACAACAGAGCUCGAGUUCAUGACGUUGGGGUACAUAAGGCAGAAAGCAAGCAUAAUGCUUCUUACGACGUUCCUGAGCUCGCCGGAGCCGCCACUUACGGAUGCCGAAAUGGAAGCAAUGGAGCAAAACCUGGUUGGCGGGGACUUAGACGCGAGGGUCGUCCUGUCUCUAAUACCUGCCCUUCGUAACGAGAUUGUCGUUAACCGCAGAGGCAUAUGGAUCUAUGGUGGUAUCAAAAGGAUCGUCGAGAGCUACAUGUCGGCCGAGCCGGAUGGUUUAGCCAUCCAGGGUAUCAGUUCGCUGCCUGCCCAUGUCCUGAGGUUCUUGAGGCGCUUUCUCCUCGCCUGGAGGAAGAAAAAGGGGUUUGGUAGCAUACCAAACGAGGUAUUCCGGACGGUGGAUGCGUCCCUGCUCCUGGUGCUCCUAGAACUCGACCGGGACACGCCUGCUGGCCAACCUGGAAAACCCGGCUCGGUCCGGAAGGACCUGUACGAGCUCGUCGACCAUGGUGUCGACUGCUUUGACAGAGCCGUGGGCCUGCUCGAGACAUAUCACCGCCUCUUUGUUCUCAGCAGGCUCUAUCAGCACCGCAAGAUGGCAGCGGACGUGCUAGGGACAUGGAGACGCAUCAUCGAGGGCGAGGAAGACAGAGGAGGUGAGCUGGGCGACGGCGAGCAGCGCGUCAGGAACUACCUCAGCAACAUCAGCAACCAAGCCCUAGUCCAGGAAUACGGCCUGUGGCUGGCCAGCCGCAAUCCCAAGCUCGGUGUGCAGGUUUUUACGGACGAGAAAGCCAAGGCUCCCAAACUCGAACACACCCAAAUCGUCGCCCUCCUCCGCGAGGAGGCCCCAGAUGCGGUCAAGUACUACCUUGAGCAUCUCGUCUUCGGCAAGGGCAACACUGCCUACGUCAACGAACUCAUCACCUAUUACUUGGAUAUCGUCAUCACCGAUCUCCAGACCUCGUCCGCCUCACGCGACAUGAUCGCGGCCUCCUACGACGCCUACCGCGCUCUCGAGCCGCCAAAACCGACCUACCUCCGCUUCCUCGCCGACAACGCGCCGCCCAAUAACGAAGUCUGGCAAAGCCGCUUACGCCUCCUUCAACUGCUGAGCGGCGGGCACGAUUACGAUAUCGGCGCCAUCCGCGCGCGCAUCGAGGACUCGCUAUCUCGCACAUCAUUACCGCAGGCCCGCCCCGUCAAUGGGGGGGACGGAUUGUCCACGACAAUAACGAAAACAACAGCAACGAAAACAAGGAGCGCCACAGCCAACGGCUUUGCUCAAUAUGACUACCUCCUCGUCCCCGAAUCCAUCAUCCUUGCCUCCCGCUCCCACCACCACGCGGCGGCGCUACACCUGCUGGUCCACCGCCUGGCCGACUACGACACGGCCGUAUCCUACUGCAUCCGCGGCGGCGCCGCCCUCGACCCUUCCGGUACCGCCGGCGCGACUCGCCGACACCUCCGCCGCCAAGGGCGCGAGCGCGACGGCGACGGCGACGGCGACGGCGACCUGCCGCCGACGUGGGAGGAGCAGACGGCCCUCUUCCGCACCCUGCUCUCGGAGUUCCUGGCGAUCGAGGACGAUGGCGAGAGGAUGGCGCAGACGGGGGCGCUGCUGGAGCGGUUCGGCGGCUGGUUCGACGUGGUCGAGGUGCUGGAGCUGGUGCCGGCCGGGUGGAGCGUCGAGGUGCUGGGCGGCUUCCUGGUGGCCGCGCUGAGGCGGCUGGUCUGCGAGCGGCGCGAGGCCAUGGUGGAGCGGGCGCUGAGCGGGGCCGAGAACCUGAGGGUCGGGUUCGACUUUGUGGUCAAGGUGGAGGAGAAGGGCCCUAUUGUUGAGGGGGGCUAACAAGCGGAGAAGGGAGAGGAGCGAGAGAGAGAUGAUGAUGAUGAGGUUGGAGUCUGUUUGUAAUGAAGGUU